ACCGCGUGCACGCCGUGGUGCGCGAGACGGGGCUCAACCAGGAUGGCAAGACGCCGACCAUCACGUCGCCGUCGUUUGAGGCGCAGGUCAAGCUGAUCCGCGACGUGUACCGGCGCGCGGGGCUGGACCCGUCGGCCGACACGGGCUACGUCGAGGCGCACAUGACGGGCACUCCGACGGGCGACCCCAUUGAGGCUGAGGCGCUGGCCCGCACGUUCGGCGCCGGCCGCGCCGCCGGAGACCCCGUGCUAGUCGGGUCCGUGAAGCCCAACCUCGGCCACACGGAGCCCGUGAGCGGGCUGGCGGCCCUCAUCAAGACCAUCUUUGUGCUGCGGGAGGGCGUCAUCCCGCCCAAUGCCAACUACGACAAGACGAAUCCCAAGAUCCCGCUCGAGCAGUGGAAGCUCAAGGUCCCCCGCACCCUGACGUCCUGGCCAGCUGACAAGCCGAGGCGAGCGUCGAUUAACAACUUUGGAUACGGUGGCACCAACGCCCACGUCAUUCUCGAACUGCCCCCGGCAGAGGCAAGAACGGAAAAGCCCAAAGGCGUGGUAUCCUAUGCCAAUGGGACCGACGGAGCCACCAACGGAGCCGCCAACGGAGCCACGAAUGGCCACGCCAAUGGCCACGCAAAUGGACAUGCCAAUGGGACCACGAUCGGAACAAAUGGCCACACGAAUGGCUACGCAAAUGGCAGCACCAACGGCCACUCGAAUGGUGUCGCGAACGGUCAUACAAACGGUACCACCAACGGGCACACAAACGGGCACACCAACGGCCACAGCAACAGCGAGCUCGGCUCCAAGGUUUACAUCCUCAGCGCCAAGGACUCGGCGGGCGCGGUGCAGAUGAACAAGAACCUGGCCGCGUACCUGCGAGAGCCGCCUUCAGCGCUGCCGAGCGCCACGGACCUGGCCUUCACGCUGGCGGAGCGCAAGUCGCGGUUCCCGUGGACGACGGUGGUGCGUGCGACCAGCCUGACGGAGCUGGCCGACAAGCUCGGCGACGCGGACCGCGUGCCGGCGCGGGCGUCGCGCGUGCCGCGGCUGGGCUUCGUCUUCAACGGCCAGGGCGCGCAGUGGCACGCCAUGGGCCGCGAGCUGAUCACCGCAUAUCCCGCCUUCCGCCGCUCGCUGCUGGCCGCCGACGAGAUCCUCAAGGACUACGGCGCUACGUGGUCGCUGCAUGAGGAGCUGCUCCGCGACGAAAAGACGACGCGGGUGCACGAGAUCCGCCUCAGCCAGCCGCUCAGCGUGGCGCUGCAGCUGUGCCUCGUGGACCUGCUGACCGACUGGGGCGUGACGCCGGCGGCGGUGACGAGCCACUCGAGCGGCGAGAUCGCGGCCGCGUACGCCGUGGGCGCGCUGAGCUUCCGACAGGCGCUGGGCGUGGUCUACUUCCGCGGCGAGCUGGCGCAGAAGCACAAGGGCGUGGCCGAGGGCGCCAUGCUGGCUGCCGGGCUGGGCGCCGAGGCGGCGGCCGCGUACGUCAAGGACACCAAGACGGGCAAGGCCGUGAUAGCGUGCCACAACAGCCCCGACAGCGUCACCAUCUCAGGCGACGCGACGGCCGUCGACGAGGUGUCGGCGCGCCUGUCGGCUGACGGCAUCUUUGCGCGCCGCCUCAACGUGCCGCUGGCGUACCACUCGCACCACAUGCAGGCCAUGGCGGCCGACUACACGGACGCGCUGCGCGAGGUCAUGAUGCCGGCCGAGGGUCGUUGGAGCGGCGCGCUGUUCGCGUCGCCCGUCACGGGCGGGCUCGUGUCGACUCCCAAGGCCCUGACGCCCGAGCACUUUGUGCGUAACCUCGUCAGCCCGGUGCUGUUCUCGCAGGCCUUCGACCAGAUGUGCUUCGGCUCGCUCGACGGGCAGGCCAGAGAGGGAGACGAGGCCGUGGCCAACGUCGACGUCAUCGUCGAGAUCGGCGCGCACGGCACGCUGGCCGGCCCGAUCCGCCAGAUCCUCAAGGACCGCAAGACCAAGCCCGCGUACGUGUCGCUGCUCAAGCGCCAGGCCGACGCCGUGCAAACGGUGCAGGACGCCGCGUGCGCGCUGGUGGCGCAGGGCUGGCCCGUGUCCCUGGCCGGCGUCAACUUGCACGCCGACGGCGCCUUCGUCGCGGACCUGCCGGGCUAUGCCUGGAACCACGCGACGCCGUGCUGGGCCGAGUCGCGGCUGUCACGCGAGUACCGCCACAAGCGCUUCAACCCGCAUGAGCUGCUGGGAAGCCCCAUCGCGGGCACCAACCGACAGACGCCGACGUGGCGCAGCUUCCUGCGCGCGAUUGACGUGCCGUGGCUGGCCGACCACAAGCUGGGCAGCGACGUCGUGCUGCCCGGUGCCGGCUACGUGGCCAUGGCCAUCGAGGCGGUGCGGCUGUUGGCCGACGACCCGACCGAGGAGACCAUCGCUGGGUACCGCCUGCGCGAGAUCGAGUUUGUCAACGCGCUGACGAUCCCCGACACUGUGCUCGGCGUCGAGGUGCAGAUCGUGCUGUCGCCCAGCAGCGACAAGGAGCUCGAGUCCAAGGGCUGGUACAACUUCGAGGUGUGGUCCGUCUCGCUCACCGACGACAGCUGGAUCCAGCACUGCAAGGGCAGCGUCACGGCCGAGACGGUCGUCAAGACCAAGGAGGCGUCCACCAAGUUCACCACCCCGGCUCCGCUGGCCAAGUCCUUCUUCGCGCUAGACUCGAAGCAGCCGAUCCGCGAGGUCACGCCCGAAGCCAUCUUCGCCGGCCUCCGCGCCAUGAAUCUGUUCCACGGGCCCGUCUUCCAAAACCUCCGUGCCAGUUACACGGCGGCGAACAAGUCGAUCACGUCGCUGGUCGUGUCGCCCGCCGCAGAGCCGGGCGACAACAUGGUUGGGGAGCGUCCGUACGUGCUGCACCCGACCACGCUGGACUCGCUCAUCCAGGCCGCCUUCGUGUCCAUCCCCGACUCGACGCGGCAGGGCGCCAUGGCGGUGCCGCGGUCACUGCGCCACCUGUACGUUCCCCGGACACUGAACCGCGGCGUCGGCGAGGGCCUGACGGCUUUUGUCGAGCUCGAGCGCGCGGACCGCCGCGGCGCCACCGUCAGCGCCGUGGCCGUCAAUGGCGAAGGUGACGACACGGCUGCCGAGCGGCUGGAAAUUGACGGGCUGUACUGCCAGGCCGUGCCGCUCGACACGGGUGAUGCUGAGGGACAGGCAUCGGCGGCCAUCUGCUCCGAGAUGCGCUGGGAGGUCGACGUCGCCAAGGGCCCGGUGCCGGCGCCCUUCAGGGAUUCGCUGCAGCAGCAGGUCGUCUUUGACGACGAGAGCCGCGGCUUCGAGAGGAAGCUUGACAGAGUAACGUUCAACUUUGUCGCGGACGCCAUCAAGCAGCUCGCUGGCGACAGCGAGACGGCCAGAGCCCCGCAUCUCCAGCGAUUGUACGCCUGGAUGCAGACUGUCGUCGCCAAGGGGCAGGCGGGCGAGCUCGGACCGGGCAGCCGCGUGUGGGCCAGGGCCGGCGCCGGAGUCAAGCAGAAGCUGGCCGACGACUUGGAGGCCGAAAACGCGGCGGGAAGGCUGCUCUCGCGCGUGGGGCCGCAGCUGGCUGGCAUCGUGAGGGGUGCUGUCGACGCCGAGGCCCUGCUGAAGCAGGACGACCUGCUCGACCUGUACUACGAGGCGCUGCCGCGGCUGAGCCAGCGCAGCUUGGCCCAUCUGCAGGGCUUCGUGGCACAGUUCGCCGUCGCGCAGCCCGGGGCCAACGUUCUCGAGAUCGGCGGACGAUCUGGAGCCGUCACUACGUGGGUCAUGAAAGCCUUCGAAGCCAAGGCCACCGAGGGAGAAUCGGGCACGCUGCUGGGACAAUAUGACUUCACCGAUGUUGUGGCCGACAGGUUCGAGCUGGCCAAACAGAAGCUCGAGCAAUGGACGGCUUCAUUGGCCUUCAAGACGCUCGAUCUCCGCAGCGACCCCAUCGCGCAGGGCUUCGCCGAGAGCAGCUAUGACCUCGUGGUAGUGUCGCCAGGCGCAUUGCUUGGUUUAGCAAGUGGCACACCCGACGAGCUGUCGCGGUCGCUCGCCAAUGCUCGUCGCUUGCUGAAGGCCGGCGGCAAGCUAGCGAUGGUCGAGACUACCAGCGCGCGUAUGGACACGCACUUGGUCUUUGGCGGCCUGCCCAACUGGUGGCAGAGUGGGCUGAGCAGUGAGGACGGCUCGGUCGUUUCGCUCAAGCGCUGGAGCGAGGUCCUCAGCCAGGCAGGUUUCGCCGGGGCCGAGGUCGAGAUCGGCGACAGCGAGGACGCCCAGUACCGCUCCAGCAGCGCCAUCUUCACUACUGCUGUCGAGGCGUCCGCUUCCGCCUAUCCGACAGCUGUGUCCGUCAUCCACACGCGCGACGCCGCGCCGACGCAGAAGUGGCUGGAGGGGGUCCAAACUGCCAUCGCGGUGGAGACGGGCGCCUCUGUCCAAGUCGAGCGCCUCAGCGAGGUCGAAGCCAAGCCCGAUGUCGUGUACAUCUUCACGCCCGACAUGGCAAGGCCAUUCCUGAACACCAUGGACGAGGCCGAGUUCGAACAGCUCAAGACGCUGGUGGUCCAGGGCCAAGGCCUACUGUGGCUCAGCCGCGGCAGCGCGACCACUUCGGAGCAGCCACUUUAUGCUCAGUCGGCCGGCCUCCUGCGCGCCGCCAAGCAAGAAGACACCACCAAGCGCUACGUGUUGCUCGACUUUGAGAUCACUCCCGGCUCUGCCAAGGGCGCUUCGUGGUCGGCUGACACAGUCCCGCAUAUCGUGCAGGCCUUGAAGCAGAGCUUCGACACGCGCGUCGACACGGCCGAGAUAGAGUGGGAGUACGCCGUCAAGGAUGGCAUGUUGCACGUGCCUCGCUUCUACCCCAGCCUGGCCGAAGACCGCGCGUCCAGCGAGACACCGGUCGACGCGACACCGGUUGAACAGCCGCUGUGGCAGCCUAACCGGCCGCUGCUGUGGGAGACGGUGCAGACGGUAGGCACGCUAAGCAACCUGUACUUUACCGACGACCCGAAGGCGGGCGAGCCGUCACUGCCGUCGGGCUACGUCGAGAUCAAGACGCAGGCGCUGGGGCUCAACUUCCGUGACGUGCUGGUCGCUUUGGGCCAGAUCGACGAGUCGCGCUACAUGCACGACGCCGCCGGCAUCGUCACGCGGCUGGGGCCUGACACCGAGGCAAGUGGCCUGAAGGUGGGCGACCGCGUCGCCGGUGCGCUCGAGGGGCGCUUUGCUACGCACCCGCGCGCGCUGUGGACCGGCUUCGCCAAGAUUCCCGACAACAUGUCGUGGGAGGAGGCUGCUUCGCUGCCGUGUAUCUUCUUGACCACUUACCUCUGCCUGUUUGACGUCGCGCGCCUCCAGCCCGGCGAGCGCGUGCUGAUCCACGCCGGCAGCGGCGGUGUCGGCCAGUCGGCCAUCAUGCUGGCCCUGCAUGCGGGCGCCGAGGUGUUUGCGACGUGCAGCAGCGAGUCAAAGAAGGAGCUGCUGAUGGAGCAGUACGGGCUGGACGCGGACCACAUCCUCUCCAGUCGCGACGCGUCUUUCGCGGCAGCCAUCAACGCGCGCACCAGCGGCGCCGGCGUCGACGUCGUCAUCAACUCGCUGUCGGGCCCGCUCCUCAAGGCGACGUGGGACUGCAUGGCGCGCUUUGGCCGCUUCGUCGAGAUCGGCAAGGUGGACAUGGAAGCAGGCCGCCGUCUCGACCUGACACCGCUGACGCGCAAUGCCACCAUCGUGGGCUUCGACCUGAUCCAGUGGUGCAUGUACAACGGGAAAGCCGUGCACGGCGCGUGGCAGUCUCUGAUGAAGCUGUGGAACGAGAAGGCCAUCCGCGCCGUGCACCCCAUCGUCACGUACCCCAUCGGGGAGAUGGAGACGGCCAUGCGUCGCAUGCAGCGCGGCGCGCACGUCGGCAAGCUGGUGCUGGUGCCUGCGCCCGACUCCCGCUUCAAGGUCCUGACGCGCACUUCCAGCUUCGCCAGCCUGGACGACCCCGACGCGACCUAUCUGAUCGCGGGUGGUCUCGGCGGCAUCGGCCGUGCCCUGGCCGAGUGGAUGAUGGAGCGCGGGGCACGGAACAUCCUGGUGGUGUCGCGUCGCGCCGAGUCGCACGCGGCAGCGGAGCCGUUGGUCUCGCGCGGGCGGACCCGGGAAUGCAACGUGGUGGUGCGCAACUGCGAUAUCGCCAAGGCGGACCAGCUCGUCGCGCUGCUGGCAGAGGUGGCAAAGACGAUGCCGCCCAUCCGCGGCGUGGUGCAGGCGGCCAUGGCUCUGCACGACACAAUCAUCCAGCGCAUGACGUUUGAGCAGUGGCAGUCCAGCACCCGGCCCAAGGUUGUCGGCUCCCUCAACCUGCACGACCACCUGCCCAAAGACCUGCGCUUCUUCGUCAUGCUGUCGUCGGCGUCGGGCGUGGUGGGCUUGGUGUCCCAGGCCAACUAUGCCGCCGGCAACACCUUCCAGGACGCACUGGCGCGGCACCGGGCGGCGCAAGGGCUGGCGGCCGUUGCCAUCGAUUUGCCGGCCGUGGCCGAUGUGGGCGUCGUGACCGAAUCGAGCGACACGCUGAUGCGGGCGCGCCUCGAGCGAACACUCGGGUCCGGGUCCAUUUCCAUCGGGCGCGUGCUGCGGCUGAUUGAGGCUGCCGUGGUGACGCCGUCGCGGUCCGGCAACGUAAACACUGCGCAGGUUGUCACGGGCAUCGUUGCAUGGGACCGCAUCACGACAGGGGCCAAUCCCAAGCGCGACCGGCGGUUCUGGACGAUGCGGCUGGCCAACAGCGGCAAGGGGGCGGGAAGCGGCGGGUCCGGAGGAGCCAAGAACCCCGACGAGAUAUUGAAGCAGGAGCUGGCGGGGGCGUCGAGCGACGAUGCGCUCGGGCUGGUCAUGGGCGCGCUGGUGCGCAAGGUGGCUGCCCUGUUCAACCUGGUGGCGGCCGAGAUCGACACCAGCUCGGGCCUGAGCGCUGUGGGUGUCGACUCGCUGGUGGCCGUCGAGCUGCGCAACUGGCUGAGCAGUGUGGUCCAGGCCAAGGUCACCGUUUUCGAGAUUCUGCAGACGGCCACCAUGCGCGAGUUUUCCAAGCUGGUCGUCGGAAGGAGUGCCCUGGUUGUCUAGGUCUAGUUCUUAGGAUUGAACGGGAGGGGUUUGGUAACGGAAGACUGGGUGCUGGAAGACGGUGAUUUUUCAGAGGCGCAAUUUUGUUGGCAUUUCUCUUUCGCUCUCCUUGGGAUGCGCUGUACUAGCUGUCGCGCUGUACUAGCUGUCUGUUCUGCUGAAGUUGGUCAGAUUAUUUUGUAGUUCCAAGUCGAGAUCGCGCGUGGUUCAAUUGAUGUUGCGUUCAAAAGGUCCGACCUAGACUACUAGAAAUGGACUACUAGAAAUACAGCGGAGUGCCUUCCAUUCAGAGUUGGUGGGUACGUUUGGUGG